AUGAUAGAAUCCAGAUUUGUAACUAAAGAACACGCACAAUCAGAAUGUCCGGAAGGAACUAGACUUAUGUUUACGAAUAAUAAGUUACAAAAUGCAAAUAUUGAGUCCUGUAAUAUAGUUAAUUACGACGAGACCAAUCUAACCGACGAUCCGGGUCGCAAGAAAAUUCUAACAAAAUGGGGAACAAAGUACCCUGAGAGAGUGAUGAAUCAUUCAAAGGUAUCAACUUCUGUGAUGAUGGCUGCUAGUUCAACCGGUGAAUUGUUGCCACCAUAUGGAGUCUACAAGGCUCAAAAACUUUAUGAUACUUGGACCAAAAAUGGGCCAUCAGGAACACGAUAUAAUCGGUCGGCAAGCGGAUGGUUUGAUGCAAAUAUUUUCGAGGAUUGGAUAAAAUCAACCGCGUUGCCUUAUUUUAGAGCAAACAGUACGUAUCUGACACAACCAUUAGAUGUGGCCUUUUUCAGUCCGAUGAAGAUUGCGUGGCGCAACAUUCUUUUAAAAUGGAAGAAAAGCGAUGGAAAAACACAAGCAUCGGUUCCAAAAGGAUGCUUUCCAAAGCUUUUGAAAAAACUUAUUAUUGAUCUCAACCGAAAUGCCAAAGAUAAUUUUGGCAUUUACAGAAAAACAGGCAUAUGGCCCAUUAAUGAAAAUCAGGUUUUGGGUAGAUUAUCUGAAAAAAAUAAUAACGAAAACAAAGAACAUGCUGUGGAAAAUUUUAUCAUUGAUAUUAUUAAAAAAAUGAGAUAUGGUACUAUGAAUGUAACUGAAUCAAAAAGAAAAAGAAAAUUAGAUGUAAUUCCAGGAAGAAGUGUUGGCACUGAAACUGAAGAGUACGUAUGGACACAGAGGAGAAUUUAG